GUUGUAUAGUAAAAUGGGAUAGUUAGCUACAUCUCCUAAACAGCCCUACAUUGACAGCAAGUUGCUGCGUCAUAAUCAUGAACGUAUUAUUGGCUAACGGGCCAUUCCUUACUUUGGUUUGCUUAUCUAACACUCCAUGGUGUUACUCGAAUGAUCACAGGGCAGAAGAAGAAGCUGUUGAUCAGGAAAGAUACUUUGAGGAAUCUUGCAAACCAAAAUGUGUGAAGCCCCUACUUAAAAUAUCAGGAGUGUGUCAAGACUCAAGAGGAUCCAAGAUGAUGAAUCUGGCCACAAACAUUGAACUGGGCAGUAUUUUCAUUACUGGCACUGUGUUGCCAAAUGUGUCGAACCUAAGCUGUUGGCGAAACUAAAAGGACAAGACAGCAAAUUACUCCGUGUCUUGUUUUAUUUCUUUUCCCGGGUUAAAUAAAAAGGAUGUGGAUGCUGAACAUUACUGCAAACCAGAUUGCAGGGGCUCCCUGUCGGGGCUGUUUCUCUGGAAAACUGCGAAUUCGAUGUUUUCGUGGUUGCGGGAACAUUUAUGAGUUUCUCAUUUAUGCCUAAUAAUAACAAGAAGAAGAAGAAGAAAAAAGGAGAAUCCGGUUCUAUCUA